GGCGAAGAAAGAUCCAAAAGGCUUCUCACCGUGACAACUCGUUGCUUUUACAAGUGUAUUGGCAUUUUGGCAUUCUUCAGCUUCAUCAACAAACCAAAAAAGAGUCAUAGUCCUUUUUAAGAUUACAUCGAACCGCAACCAACCACCAUGAAGACUUGCAUCGCCCUUCUUAGUGUCUUUGCCAGCACGGCAAUGGCAUUUGCCCCUGCUCAUGUGGCUUCUCGAGUUUCUACUUCGACUCCCAUGUCCUUUGAAGAGGAAAUUGGCGCCCAACCUCCUCUGGGACUUUUUGACCCCCUUGGAUUGUUGACAGAUGCUGACCAAGCCCGUUUCGACCGUCUUCGUUAUGUGGAAGUGAAGCAUGGACGAGUUUGCAUGUUGGCCGUCCUGGGACACAUUGUCACCACGGCUGGAAUUCGGUUGCCUGGAGAUAUUGACUACCGUGGCACCAGCUUUGAGAGCAUCCCGUCUGGUUUGGGUGCCCUCACGGCCGUCCCUGCUGCUGGUUGGUUGCAAAUGUUCUUCUUUAUUGGAGCCUUGGAAUUGGCUGUUAUGAAGGAUAUCACUGGAGAAGGAGAGUCGGUUGGUGAUUUCCGCAACGGAGCUUUGGACUUUGGAUGGGAUUCCUUCUCGCCUGAAGAACAAGAAUCCAAGUUGGCCAUUGAGCUCAACAAUGGGCGUGCUGCUCAGAUGGGAAUCUUGGCUUUGAUGGUCCAUGAGAAGUUGGAUGGAGAUCCGUAUGUUAUCAACAGUUUGUUGGGUUCCCCUGUUGACUUUUAAAUAAAAUAAGAAAGAUGUUUGAGAGAAAAGGAAAAUGAGAAGCCCUUCUAAAAGAUUGACGCAAAAGACUCUGCAAACACUUGACUUUGACUGUCCAGAUUAAUAAACACAUCUAAUUACAAGCAAGGAAAUAAUGAGCGUGCGGUAGCUGGUG